AUGUUGGUCCGCCCCCUCUUUGCGGCCCUGACCCAAACAGACGAUUUCGCUGGCGUCGUUGCAACCGCCAAGUACGGCGAACCGGGCCUUCCGCCCCGCUUCGUGCCUUACUACUACGACCAAGGCGCCCCAGGCAUCGAACACACGAACUUGUCGUCGCACAACAUCAUGGCGUCGGCGGACGGUCGAUUUCGGGUGUCCGGCUUUGGGCUCACCAGGGUCAAGUCCUUCCUUCGCGACAAGGGCCACGCUCGUGACGACGACGGGUUCGUCUCGGAGUGGCUCGCCCCCGAGUUGCGCGACGACGCACGCUACGCCCCGCACGCUGGCAAGGCCGACGUCUACUCAUUCGGCGUCGUCAUGAGGCACCAUCCCUCCCCAAAACUGGCGAAGAGCGUUGUCCGCGACGAGUACCCGCCUCUCCCCCUCCCCAGACGCCUACCCACAGUCCCUGCGGGCUACCUCGCACUCAUGCACCAGUGCUGCUCACUUCAUCCCAUCAACCGGCCCUCCUUCUCACACAUCAAGUCUUGCCUCGGCGACUUGGCGAGCUCCUUGUAG